AUGUCUCUAGAAACCAUAACCACCAUCUCCCCCAUCACCAGCACCCCCGUCCUCACCCGCAGCGGCAUCGCCGAAUCCGACCUGCUCGCCCUCCCCUUAGCCGCCCAGGCCGCAUUCCGCUCUUUUUCGCAGUCCACCACGCUCGCCCAGCGUCAGGAAAUCGUCGCCAGAGCGCUUGCCCUGCUCGAGAAGAGGAAAAAUGCCCUUGCGCGCCAGCUUACAGACCACAUGGGCCGGCCCAUCAAGUAUACCGGCGUGGAGAUCACGACGGCCGUGAAGCGGGGUGAAUACUUGAACCGGGUGGCGGGGGAGGUGCUGGGCGACAAGAUCGAGGCGGACAGCGAGCCGGGGUUUAAGAGAUAUUUGAAGAAAGAACCGGUGGGAGUGGUGCUGAUUAUUUUCGCGUGGAAUUACCCCUAUUUGAUCCUUGUCAACAGCUUGAUUCCAGCCCUCCUCGCUGGAAACGCAGUGAUCCUCAAGCCAUCGCCUCAGACACCUACGGUGGUUGAGCACAUCUCUGAGAUCUUCACCGAAGCGGGCCUUCCACAGAACGUGAUUCAGUAUUUCCACUCAGGUUCUCCCACCAACGUCGAAGCCCUCGUUCGUUCACCACUAGUUAAUCACGUUUGCUUCACCGGGUCUGUUGCCGGAGGAUUAUCCGUCCAGAAAGCCGCAGCGGACAGAAUUGUCAGUAUUGGACUAGAAUUGGGUGGAAAUGACCCGGCAUACGUCCGUGAUGACGUCGACGUGGCUUGGGCAGCUGAGGAAAUCGUCGACGGAGCUAUUUUCAACAGUGGCCAGAGUUGUUGCGCCAUAGAGCGGGUGUAUGUCCAGGAAAAGAUCCACGACGCAUUCGUGGAAGAGGUGAAAAAGGUUCUAUCGAAAUAUCGCGUGGGCGAUCCAUACGACGAACAAACACAGAUUGGACCCGUGAUCUCUAAGAGAGCGCGGGAAAAUAUUCUGUCGCAUAUCGACGAUGCUGUAAAGAAGGGUGCUAGGGACGAGACUCCGGCCAACCCAACAUUUGAAAAUAUGCCCCCUGACGGAAACUUUGUCAAACCCACGCUUCUAACAGGAGUAGACCACAAUAUGGUCGUCAUGGCAGAGGAAACAUUCGGCCCGGUCAUUCCUGUCAUGAAGGUCAAAGAUGACGAAGAAGCAAUUCGGCUUAUGAACGAUAGUGACUUGGGAUUAACAGCCAGCAUCUGGACCAAGGACGUUGGCACAGCGGAGAAAUUGAUCCAGCGCAUCGAAGCCGGAACGGUAUUUGUCAACCGUGCCGACUAUCCUAGCCCAGACCUUGCAUGGACCGGUUGGAAAAACUCCGGUCGUGGUGUUACAUUAAGUAGAUUUGGGUUCGAUCAAUUCGUCAAGCUGAAGAGCUUCCAUCUGAAGGAUUAUCCAAAAUAG